GCGCUCGAGACCUCUUUCGUGCGGACGAGAUGGGCGGAGCUCCUGCGCGGCGUCAACCACGAGCUGUUCGACACAUUUCGCCAGCUCUUGCCACGGGCAGCGAUUGCAUCGGCGAAUACUGCACAGCGGGACAUGCACUGCCUGCAGUUGUUCGGAGGCCAGAGCGGCGCGCACCAGGUGACGAACUCCGUCUUCGCGAGCGGCUUGCAGGGCUUCGUGUGCGACGACCUCGGAAAGCCCCCCGGCGCCGCCAGCUCGGACGCCAUCAAGUGGGCGCUGCGCGCCCAGCAGCGCGGCUCGGCGUGGGUGGUCAUGACGGCCGCGGCGCCACCCGCGCCCGCCAUUGGGCUCGCCAUAUUGUGUUGGCUGAGGGGUGCUGAGGUGUGCGUGACGGCGCGCUCAGGUCAGACUGCGCCAGUGUGGGAUGCCAUGGCCCGCACGAUCACUCCGAUCUCGUUCACCACGUGCAUGGGCGCGUUUGGCGCUGGGGAGCCGCUGUCGACCAAC